AUGGAAAUAAGGAGUAGUGAGGAAGAUGAUACAAUAACAAGGCUUUACGAGGCAUCAAUAGAAGGGUCAGUAGUCACCUUGAACUCGUUGAUCCGAAAGGACCCAUUAAUUCUGAGUAAGAUUUCACUCACCACUUUCACUGAAACUCCCUUACACAUCUCAACUUUGCUAGGCCACCUUCAUUUCACCAAACAGCUCAUUGCUCUCGAACCAAAACUCACUUUCGAGUUGGACUCCCUCAAACGGUCGCCACUUCACUUGGCUUCUGCCAAGGGCCACACCGAGAUAGUCCAAGCAUUGCUGCAACAAAACCAGGAUCCUGAUAUCAUGUGCUUGGCAAAAGAUGAAUGUGGCAGAAUACCUCUCCAUUAUGCAGCCAUGAGAGGCCAUGUCGACGUGAUUGAGCUACUCGUUAGCGCACAACAGAGGUCGAUUUUCGAAGUACUUCCUGAUGGAGAAACAGUUCUCCACUUGUGUGUUCAGUACAACCAUUUGGAGGCUCUCAAGGUGUUGGUGAAAUCAGUUGGUUAUCACAAUGCAGACUUCCUCAAUUCAAAAGAGCAUACUGGAGGAAACACCAUUUUGCAUUUAGCAGUCAUGCUAAAGAAAACUGAGAUUGUUAAGUACUUGUUAUCGAUACCUGGUGUAAAAGCAGCAGCAGAAAACACCCUCAACAACAAAGAACUCAAAGCCUCAGACAUGCUAGAGCCCUUCCCGCCAGACUUCAAAGCCCUUCAAAUCCAACGGAUCCUCACGAACGCCGACACAGGAAUCGAAACCCGAGAAAAGCUCCGAGAUUGUGAUCAUCUCAAGAUCAGCACACCAGAACCAACGACCAAGCCGUCCGUAAUCGAGAACAAAUUAUCCAAGUGGUGGAGAAAAUGGGUUAAACACGUGAAGUCCGAGGGCACGAUUUUGACCCAAGAAACGCACAACUCGCUAAUGGUGGUGGCGACGGUGAUCGCGACGAUAACAUUCCAGAGUGCCGUCAAUCCUCCCGGCGGGGUGUGGGAUAACAACCGUAACAGCACUAAAAACCCGAGGUUCCGGUGCAGCGAAAGCGACAUAUGCAUCGCCGGAACCGCCGUGUUCGGAUACGCCGACGACUUCAGAGACGACUACAAGACUUUCAUAGCGUACAACAGCGCGUCGUUCCUGGCGUCACUGGGCGUGAUUCUUCUCCUGAUCAGCGGCGUUCCGAUGGGGAACAAGUUCGGCACGUGGAUUCUGACGGUGGCGAUGUGCGUGGCCCUCACGUUCAUGGCGCUCACGUUCCUCCAAGGCUUGUACUUGGUCACGCCUGAUGACAUCAUCAAGCCGGUGCUUUCGAUCGACAAUGUGUCGUUUUAUGCCUGGAGUAUACUUCUUGGGCUCAUCGGGCUGUUCCACUCGGUUCGGUUUCUGUGUUGGGUUUUGAUUGUUAAGAGGUUAAGGCCCGACAAGCUGUGUUUGUUGGCGCUUGCUAAGAGAUUCAAACGGCAGUUAGAAAUUUGCUAA